AUGGCCAGCACAGUAAACCCCAGCACCACGGCUAGGACCCCAGAGCUGCCUGCACUGUCAGAGCGCAUCAAAAAUCCUGCUGACAUCUCUGUCAUUGUCAUCUAUUUUUUGGUGGUGAUGGCUGUUGGGCUGUGGGCAAUGCUGAAGACCAACCGGGGCACCAUUGGCGGUUUCUUCCUGGCUGGUCGACAAAUGGCCUGGUGGCCAAUGGGGGCCUCCCUCUUUGCCAGCAAUAUCGGCAGUGGUCACUUUGUGGGGUUGGCUGGAACAGGUGCAGCUUCAGGGAUAGCUGUGUCAGCAUUUGAAUCUCAUUCCCUGCCACUAUUGCUGGUUCUAGGUUGGUUCUUUGUCCCCAUUUACAUCAAAGCGGGGGUGAUGACCAUGCCAGAAUACCUCAAGAAGAGAUUUGGUGGGAAUCGACUGCAGGUCUACCUCUCCGUCCUCAGCCUCUUCAUGUGUGUGGCUUUGAAAAUUUCUGCAGACAUAUUUGCUGGGGCCAUAUUUAUAAAGAUAGCUUUGGGACUGGACCUUUACCUGGCAAUCAUCAUCCUCCUGGCUAUCACUGCUGUUUAUACCAUCACUGGAGGCUUGGCCUCAGUGAUUUACACAGACACUCUCCAAGCUGGCAUCAUGGUGGUUGGAUCUUUUAUUCUCAUGGGGUUUGCUUUUGUUGAAGUUGGAGGCUAUGAGAACUUUAUAGAGAAGUAUAUGAAUGCCAUCCCAUCUGUAACUGAGGGAGACAAUCUGACAAUCAGCUCCAGGUGCUACACUCCUCAAGCAGACUCCUUCCACCUCUUUCGAGAUGCUGUCACCGGAGAUAUCCCAUGGCCAGGAAUGGUAUUUGGAAUGCCCAUUACAGCUAUGUGGUACUGGUGCACAGAUCAGGUUAUUGUACAGCGCUGCUUAUCUGGCAAGAACGUGUCUCAUAUGAAGGCAGCCUGCAUUAUGUGUGGAUAUUUAAAGUUCCUGCCUUUGUUCUUCAUGGUGAUGCCAGGAAUGAUCAGUCGUAUCCUGUACACAGAUAUGGUGGCCUGUGUUGUACCUUCUGAGUGUUUAAAACACUGUGGUGUUGAUAUUGGCUGCACUAACUAUGCCUACCCAACAAUGGUGCUGGACCUGAUGCCUGCUGGACUUCGAGGCCUGAUGCUGUCAGUCAUGUUGGCCUCCCUCAUGAGCUCCCUGACCUCCAUCUUCAACAGUGCCAGCACCCUCUUCACCAUAGACAUCUACACCAAGGUGCGGAAGCAGGCAUCAGAGAAAGAGCUCCUGAUAGCUGGAAGGUUAUUUGUUGUUGUAUUAAUUAUACUCAGCAUACUAUGGAUCCCCAUAGUAGAGGUAUCUCAAGGUGGACAACUGAUCCAUUACACAGAAGCAAUUUCCAGCUACCUAGGGCCUCCAAUUGCAGCUGUCUUCCUGCUUGCUGUUUUAUGUAAACGAGUCAAUGAACAAGGAGCAUUCUGGGGUCUGAUGGCUGGACUUAUUGUGGGCAUUAUUCGUAUGAUUGCAGAGUUUGCUUAUGGAACAGGAAGUUGCUUCGCACCCACCAACUGUCCCACAAUUAUCUGUGGAGUACACUAUCUGUACUUCUCCACCAUUCUCUUUUUUAUAACUGUGAUAGUUGUCCUGGGAGUUUCCUUCCUAACAAAGCCCAUUCCAGAUGUAAAUCUGUAUCGCUUGUGCUGGGCUCUUCGGAAUAGUAAAGAGGAAAGAAUAGAUUUAGACGCAGAUGAAAAAAGGCCAGAAGAAACUGAAGAUGCUGUUGAAGAAGAUCAUCCUACAAAAUCUCGUGGAUGUCUCAGAAAAACUUAUGACUUAUUCUGUGGUUUAGAAAACACAGGGCCCAAGUUGACCAAAGAAGAGGAAGAAACCCUUAAGAAGAAACUCACAGACACAUCAGAGAAGCCUCUGUGGAAAAUUAUAGUGGACACCAAUGCUAUCAUCAGCCUGGUUGUAGGAGUUUUUUUCUAUGCCUAUUUUGCCUGAGCGCUGAGCCAUUAUGACUCACUGGUUAACAAAAGAAUAAUUUUAUCCAUUUUCAUUUUAUAGUUUAUUGUGUUGUAACAACAAGAAGCCCAAUGUAUGUAGUAGCCACAGAAAUUUGAGGUUUGGAUCCACACCAACAGAGAAGAGUCACAUCAUGAUUGUAUAUUGAUGAAGUAAGGUUAUUAUAAAGCGUACAGCAGACAUGAGCAUAGUCCAAUAAUACAUUGCCAUACAGUGACACAGGGGGCAGCACCAUGGGGAAGGAUCUUGUAUGAAACAGAGCCUCUGGCAGACAAGAGAAAGAACACUAGCACUGUACUGAGUUUGUAAUUUUUUUUUUUUUUUUGUCUUUUUCCUUUUUAUCGGUACCGGGGAUCGAACUCACGGCUGCCUGCUUGCAAGGCAGGCGCUUAUGCCGCUGAGCUAAAUUCCCAGCCCUGAGUUUGUAAUUUCUUAAGAACUGUGUUUGGAUAAAAAUGGUUUGGUGCCAACAGACCCACCUGUCUUUGAGCAGAGUGUCUUGGGUCUGACUGAAACAAAGAAUGCUCUCACAGCGUACUCAAGGCUACCUAAGAUUUCUUUCCCAGGGAGAUAGCCAGAUUCUCUGCAGAAAGGCUGCAGCCAAGGACAUUUCAGCAAACACCUGCAUUUCACUGACUCUCAUCACUUGUAAUCCUUUCCCUGACUUGUUACAAAGGGAGAUUGGCAACUGGAAAUUUUAUAUAAUGAAGUGUUAUUAGAUUUGACUUUUUGGGGGUUUUUUUUGUUUCAAAAGAGAGUUUAUAAUUUGUAAAGCUUGUAAAAUGACUCCUUAUAAGUUUUCAAACUAAGUAAGUCCAAAAUCUUUUUCCCAGUUUUACUGAGGUAUGAAUAAAAAGUAGAAAUUAUAUGUA